AUGAAAAAUAAAAAUAAAAUUGAUUAUGAGGAUCUCCUUAAUGAUGCUCUGUGUUAUUACAAAGAUCCAGACCUUAACAUUCGUAGCAAAAUCAGAGUGCAAUACAGAGGAACUAAAAUUCGUGGCAAGGAUAACCCAUGGAUGACGAAAGAAAUUAAACUUAAAAUGAAUGCUCGUGACUAUUAUCUCCGAGGGGCGAAACGUACUAAUGCGGAAAUCGAUUGGUCCGCUCAUAAACGUAUGCGUAAUAAUGUAACAAACGCUAUACGUCAUGCCAAAUCUAACUUUGUACAUGUUUUUAAAGAAAACAUACAUCAUUCAAAGCAAUUCUGGAACCAAAUCAAAAAAUGUUAUCCCUCAAAGGAAAAGGAAAGCCCGAGUAGAUCAUUUAAAAUUAAUGAUUUUAUCGUAACAGAUAAAAAGCGUAUUGCUGAUAAUUUCUGUCCCUUUUUCUCAACUAUUGGUUCCUCUUUAUCGAAGAAGAUACCUUCAAUUUCGAACUCUACAUGGAAAACUCCAGUUUUUGUUGACGAUGUUUUACCGAUUCUGAAAUCAAUAAGAAGAUCAAAAGCAUCUGGUGUUGAUGACAUUCCAAGUUCGUUGGUCAAGGAUGCCGCUGAAGAACUUGCACCACCGAUAUCAUUCUUGAUAAAUUGGAGUUUUAAAGUAGGAACUUUUCCUACAGCUGAAAAAACUGCAAAAGUAACACCAUUGUAUAAAUCUUCAGGAAAAAGGAACUCUUUUGACAACUAUAGACCGAUAUCUGUCCUGAAUGUUAUAUCCAAAGUUAUAGAAAAAAUUGCCUGUCAUCAAAUUACAGACCAUUUAGAGAACAAUAACCUACUUAGUUCUUGCCAAUAUGGGUUUCGUCGCAAUCGAUCUACACAACAUGCGGUUUCAAAAUUGGUUGAUCACAUUCGACACAACAUUGACGGAGGUAAAUAUACUGGUGUUCUUUAUAUGGACUUUUCGAAAGCAUUCGACACCGUCAAUCAUUCAUGCUUAUUGCAAAAGUUACCUUACUAUGGAAUAAAUGGAGUUGAACUUGAAUGGUUCAGUAACUACUUGUUUAAUCAAAAACAACUUGUCGUGUAUGAAGGAGUAUAUUCCAAUGUAGAAAUUAAUGACCUCCGGUUCCAGCUUACCAUAUGUUCCUUGUUGAUGUAUGCUGAUGACACUGUACUAUAUUUUUCCGACAAAUUAUCAUCCAACAUCGAGAAACUUAUAAAUGAAGAAGCUGAAAUUGUUCAAAGAUGGGUGAACGACAAUUGUUUGCUACUUAACCUUAAAAAAGGAAAAACUGAAUUUGUAUUAUAUAUGGUUCCCGUCCAUCCAAACAACCAAAUUAGAAUAUGCUCACGUGUUACAUUGCUCAGUCGAAUUCGUUAUACUUUACCACCAACGGUGGCAGAAACUAUCUACAAAUCGAUGAUAAAUCCACUGAUUCAUUAUUGCUACCCUCUAUUUUCUGGCUUGAACUUAACCUGGAAAAUUAAGUUUCAAGCGCAACAAAAUAGAGCAAAAAGGAUCAUUGGCACAGAUUCUGCAAUGUCCUGGCCGGAAAUUGAUCUACAAAGAAAUCGAAAAAUGGUAACCGAUGUAUUUAAAUCGAUUCACAGCCUGGAACCAAUUCAAAAUGUUCAAUACGAAUUUAUAGAACAUCGAAUCAACACACGUGGUAACAAAUCGUUACUCAGAGUACCACGUGUUCGAACCGAAGCUGGUCGCAAAACCACUUGUUAUCAAGGAACCUUGCUGUUCAAUAAACUUGAUUUACCUUUGAGAAACGAAAAGUCAUUUAUUAUUUUUAAAAGAAAUAUCAACGUAGUUAAUUUGUCUCUUUCCUCAAACCUUGAUUCUCUCUCUAUUGAUUUUGUUGCCUGUCCUACAUUGAUACCAGGAUUCGCCGAGGACCUACAAAAACUUUCAAAGUUAGACCCAGACUGUUUGAAUGCCGGAACAGCUGGAGGAGAAUCGCGAUGUAAAAAUGGUAGACAUACAAAUAUAAACACACGUGAAGGGAACAGCAGAAAGGGAUUUUUAGCAAAUAGAUAA